ACCAGUGCAGUCCCUGGGGCUUCAGGGCUGAAAUCCCAGCCCAUAUUGAAACCCUGGUGGCUUCUGGGAUUUGUAUCACUUUGUUUGUUAAACCUCCUACAAAACAGGGUUAUUGAUUCACCCCCAUGUGACUUUGGUGCCCUGUUAUGCGCUGUACCACUAAUCAGUUCAAAAAUACCAGUAAAGCUUGCUUAUAAUUGAGAUCUCUAAUUACUAAAAACACUGAACCGGAAUUGGUAAUGAGUCUGAAUGUGACACACUCCCAGUCUCCAUUAAUGAGGUUUCAUCUCCUUGGUGGUCCUGAUGUCUCAAAGUGAUUAGAACCACAGUCAUCUUGGGUUUUGGGUGGAAAAACACCCACUUCCAAAUACCUCUCAACUAUCCAGAUGAAACCUCCCAAAUCAUUUCUGUUUCUUCAGGAAAGAAUCCAGGCCCACUUGAAGACUCUGAGGGAAGAGAGAGAAAAGCUGCUGGGAUUGAAAACGACUGGAGAGGGGAAGAGCCGGGAGUAUCUGAAACAAUCACAAACCGAGAGGCAGAAGAUUGUGUCUGAAUUUCAGCAACUGCGGCACUUCCUGGUGGAACAAGAGCGACUCCUGCUGGCCCAGCUGGAGAAGCUGGACGAGGAGAUUGUGAGGAUCCAGAAUGAAAAUGUCAGUCAACUCUCCGAGCAGAUUUCCCAUCUCAGUGAGCUAAUCAGUGAGCUGGAGGGGAAGUGUCAGAAGCCAACAAGUGAAUUCCUGCAGGAUGUCAGAAGCACGUUGAGCAGGUGUGAGAAGAGGAAGUUUAAGCAGCCAGAGGAGAUUUCUCCAGAACUGGAAGAGCGAGUCAGUGGUUUCUCCCAGAAAACGAUUGUGCUAUCGGAGACUCUGAGGAAGGUCAAAGACACUCUGCCCUCUGAAUUGGAGAGAAAAAGGGGAGAAUCAUUUGGAGCACACAGACAGGCGAAUGUGACUCUGGAUCCAGACACGGCUCAUCCCAAACUCGUCCUGUCUGAG